GCCUCUCCCGUCCCCAUGGCAACCGGCGGGCGCGGGGCGGCAGCUCUGGCGGCCGCGACCCCUCCCGCCGCCGCCGCCGCCGCCGCCGCCAUGUUCGCGGACGAGACGGCGCCCGGCGCCGCUGUGCUCUCGCUGUGGAGGAGCGCCCGGAACGCGCGCUGCGAGGCGAAAAGCUGCCAGACCGGGGAAAUUGCAACGGCAGAGGCUGCGGUGCAGUCACGGAGCGGCAGAGAUGCCGCUGUGCAGACGGAUCCGAGCGUGGGUGCUGUGCCAGGCGGCCAGCACGGAGCCCGCGUCGAUGACAGCGGCCUUGUGGCAUUCCUCCGGAGGGUGGAGGAGGUCGUUACCAAAGAGCUGAACAAGAACUUGACAAGUCGUGCCUUCGAUGGCUUUGAUGUGAACUGGACCGAUCAGAACAGAACAGUGUUGUGUUUGCAUACAUUGUCAUACCCAGAGGCUCAGGAUCAACACCUGCAGGUUACUGGUGUCUCGUGGAAUGCAACGGGAUCGGUUGUAGCAUGCUCCUACGGCCGGCUGAACGAUGGGGACUGGAGCGCAGAGAAAUCCUAUGUUUGCACCUGGAAUCUGGACAGAAGAAGGCUGGAUCCACAACGCCCUGACCUCGUGGUGGAUGCUCCCAGUUCUGUCAUGUGCCUGGCCUUCCAUCCCUCCCAGCCUUCACUCAUAGCUGGUGGUCUGUUCAGUGGGGAAACAGUGGUGUGGGAUACCAGCAAAGCAGAAGACCCCUUGGUCUGGAGGACAGGGAUGACGGAUGACGCUCACGCUGAUCCCGUUUAUCAGGUUCACUGGCUGCCUGAUGCCAAGCAUGGAAAUCACAUCCAGCUGCUGAGUGCGUCGACGGACGGCAAGAUCCUGGUGUGGAGGGAGGAGCGAGACGGGCGGCUGGCUGUGGCUGAAGGAUUUGCCCUGGUGGCUCAGCAGGUCCCUCGCAGUGCUCAGCUGAAGAAGCUCGUGUGGGGAGAGGCGGCUGUAGGUGUGACAUCGCUCUCUUUUUCACACUUCGAUCCCCACGUGUUCGUUGUUGGUGUGGAAGGCGGCUACUUGCUCAAGUGCUCCACUGCAGCAGAGACUCCAGCUCCCCGGCGGACACGAGGGUCUGUUCCCCUCAGAGCACCAGCAGAGCUCGCCUUCUCCCCACACAGUGGGCCCGUGUACUCCGUCAGCUGCUCCCCCUUCCACAGGAAUCUCUUUCUGAGCUGUGGGACUGACGGACAAGUCCACCUGCACUCCAUGCUGCAGACACAACCCCUCGUUUCUCUCCAGCUGUCUACGAAAUACCUCUUCUGUGUUCGCUGGUCUCCUGUCCGACCUCUGGUCUUUGCAGCUGCUUCGGGAGAAGGAGAUGUGCACCUGUUUGACUUUGAGAAGAGCUCCCAGAAGCCCGCUGCUUCCAUAAAGCAGGCCGAGGACGAAUGCCCCGUGUACUGCUUAGAAUUUAACACCAAGCAAACUCAGCUCUUGGCAGCAGGGGAUGCUGCUGGAACGGUCAAAGUCUGGCAGCUGAGCUCUGACUUCACCGAGCAGGGGCCCAGGGAAAUGAAGCACCUGGAGCAGCUGGCAAGCGAGCUCACAGACUGAAACAGCAGCACAGCAGCUGGGGGAGCUCCUCACUGCUCUGACUCAGGGAAGAGCUGCCCCUUCAGCUUCUCCCUGUUCUGGCCCAAAAACACACCUAGCUGUGACCACAGCUGGAGUUUCAUCCACGUGACGGUUAGAUUUGCAUUUAACCAUUAAACAAGAUGAUGUGGUUCGA